GGCACGUAUUCACGCAAUGGUUAUAUCUAUGCAUCGAUCGCUGGAACCGUUAAGAUUGUGCACAACGAUGACAACACUAAGACACUGGAAGUGCUGAGAGUGGACCGCAACAGACAUUUAGUGCCACAAAUGGACUCAAUAGUGACGUGUCGGGUGCUGUCAAUGACAGCAAGUGUGGUGAAAGUGAGCAUUCAUUGCAUCGAAGGACAGGUCUUGAAACAGCCGUUUAGAGCUUUGUUGAAGAAGGAGAACAUCAGAGGAAUGGAGACCGAGAAGACACAGAUUUGUAAUUCAUUCAGACCUUCAGACAUAAUACUGGCAAAAGUGAUUGGUUUUGGGGAGAAUAACAGCUAUUUGUUGAGUACCGCUCAAAACGAGUUGGGAGUUGUGGUCGCACUCAACCAUUCAGGUCUUAUAUGA